GAGAUUUCUAACUGCCAACUUGUCAGCGCGGUAGAACCUGCUCCCUGAAGAGGGGUUUGAGGAGACUGAGCGCACAGCAGACAGUUGGAAGACUGCACAGGUCAGUGCGUGUGCUUUGUUAACUUCAGCUCAGUGAUUUCUGGAGACCACAGAUCAAAGUACAGCCUCCCAGGUCAUUGUACUUAUGAGAUGCAUUUCAUCGUUUGCAACAGUCCACCGCCUCCUCCUGGGUUUCCCUAGGCACCUGUGCAGAGACUGAGUGAGAACGCAGCUUUGCAGGUAUUGCCAAGAUGAUCCAUUUGCAGAAACCACAGCUGCUGCAGAUGCUAGAAACGUCCUUGAGAAACAGCCUUCCCGAGUCUCUAAAGGCUUAUGGCACCAUCUUCCACAUGUACCAUGGAAACCCAUUCAAUCUAAAGGCUGUAGUGGACAAGUGGCCUGAUUUUAGUACAGUGGUUGCUUGCCCUCAAGAGCAGGAGAUGACCGACAACUUUGAUCACUACACCAAUACCUACCUAAUCUAUUCUAAGGAUCUCAACAAGUGUCAAGAAUUCCUUGCCACGUCAGAUAUCAUUAACUGGAAACAACAUUUGCAGAUCCAAAGUACACAGGGCAGCCUAGAUGAAGUAAUACAAAAUCUUGCAGCUUCUAAGUCGGUCAAGGUCAAGAGAACAGAGUGCGUUCUUUAUAUGAUGCCUGACACAGCAAAGAAACUGGUCCCUUCACUUCUGGAGACAAUGAACCUCCCUCCUCAACCUGUCAAAUCCAAUGCUAUUAACCAAGAGAUGUUUAAACCUUCAACAAUGGAUGUGGCCCACGCACCAUUGGUAAAUAAAUUCUGGCAUUUUGGUGGCAAUGAGAGGAGCCAGAGAUUCAUAGAGCGUUGCAUCCGGACCUUCCCCAGCCUCUGCCUGCUGGGGCCUGAUGGGAGCCCCGUGUCAUGGUUCCUGAUGGACCACACUGGAGAGCUGCGAAUGGGAGCUACUGUGCCUGAGUACCGAAACCACGGUCUCAUCUCCUACCUCAGCUUCAAGCAGAGGGAGGCUCUGAACAAACUGGGCUUCCCUUUAUACUGCCACACAGACAAAUCCAACAAAAUUGUCCAGAAACUGGGUGGUACUCAGGGCUUUGUCCCCAUGCCCUGUGAUUGGAACCAGUGGAACUGUGUGCCUUUGGGAAGUGAGCUCUAAGCAUGCCCUGAACACAAGACAGUGUUGUGGGCUGUGCAUGCUGCCACCAAGGUGGAUGAAUGCACAGAGAGAUGGAAUCGUGUCAAUCAGCAGUCUAGGAGGGGGCAUACUGACACUUUAUGGAUGUUCUUCACGUAGAGGAAAGCUUUCGCCAACAAACCUAUCUAAAUUUCCUAAUGACCAUCCAAAUAUUUUCUGUAUAAGUAUCUUAUCUGGACUUAGGCAUGUAAACUCCUAAUUAGAAAAUUUGCCUUUUUUUUUUUCUCUAGAAGUCAGUGAUCUGUUGCUACUCUGCUGUUUGUCUGCCGUCUUACAGGUCUUCAGGAGCAAGCACACACUGACCAGAGGAGCCCAAUCAUUAAGAAAGACUGAAGCCAGUAUCUCAGGCAGCCUCCUCAGACGCCUAACAUUUGCAUUUGAGUUUCAGUCUUCUCUCUCCAGAGAGACUACAGGAGCUGUGAGCUUUCCGGGCUGAGCCAGGCUGGUCCAGUGCAGAGGGACUCUGGUGAUUGAGUGGGUGCUAGUCCCACCUUUGCUCUCAGCUCCCCUACUCCUCAGGCAUCUGGAGUUUGUUAGUCCUAUCAGCAUACUGAUAUAGGCAACACAGAAUCCAGUCCCUUAGGCAGCCACGUAAAAAGGCCAAAUGUUGGAUGAAUGUUUCAACUCUUGGCUUUAGCAGGAAUACGAUAGGAUUUUGGUGGUUUUGCUUGCUUACUUUACAUUAAGAUAAGGAGAGGUGCUAUUGCCAGCAUGUGUGCAUUAUUCCACACCAUUCCUUUUGUGUUCAGCAGCCCCUACCCCUGCUCUUUUUGCCUCAGCAUUCAGACUCAGGAAGGAAAAAACCCAUCACUUGCUCACCUUGGAAAGGUCAGGCUACGGAACAAAUUGCCCAGACUGCUCUUUCCCCUUCUAGGGAGAAGCCAGGAGUCAAGGACUUGCAGUUAUGGGGUAUUGUAACAGGUGAGGGGUUGUAUGUGUUUUCCUGCUGGCUUUGGUGGACUUCAUCCUCAUCUGGUGUACAGGAGUGUCUUCACAGGUCUCUGGAUUUCUCCAAAGGCAAAUUGAUCUCUGUGUUAAUUCGCUUAAUGUGUCCAGGGCAGCCAGAAGGAGGUUUUGCAGGGCAUACUAUUCCACCGUGUUGCUGACACUGAUUGACUUCUGUUCUCACAUAUUUUAUUUGAUAAUUUUUAGUGUUCCAUUCACCCUAAUUAGUGCUAAUUGAGAUCCUAGGAUCUGGAUAUUGAUAUUUCAAAUAAAAUUUACAA